GAUAGUUUUGAGGAUUUUGGGGUGUGCAAAUAUGAAAGACACAGUGCUCUGUUCCUGCCUGUCCUGUACUCCCUCUGCUUUGUCAUCGGCCUCAUCGGCAACGGCCUCGUCUUCUGGGUCAUACUGGCUCGUGUGAAACUGCGAAACAUGACGGACGUCUGCCUCCUGAACCUGGCUAUCGCUGACCUGCUACUGCUCUGCGCCCUCCCCUUCCUGGCCCACUACUCCAGAGCGGACUGGGUCUUCGGUGAAGCCAUGUGCAAAAUCAUCCUUGGCACCUACUACAUUGGUUUCUACAGCGGAAUCUUCUUUGUCACACUGAUGAGCAUCGAUCGUUACCUGGCGAUCGUCCACGCUGUCUAUGCCUUGAAAGCCAGGACGCGCACCUAUGGACUUAUUGCCAGUGCUGUGGUCUGGAUUCUAGGGGUAUUGGCUUCAUUCCCAGAGCUUCAUUUCAUUGCUGUUCAAUCGCAGUUUAACUCCAUACUGUGUUUAGUUCAUUACAAUACAGAAGACAAUUUUUUGAGAGUAUUUGGCCUGUUAAAAAUGAAUGCCCUUGGCCUUCUAAUUCCAUUAAUCAUCAUAGUGUUUUGCAAUUCGGUGAUCAUCUCCAGACAACUCUACAGCAAGUUGAUGAAAAGGAAGACAAUCCACCUUGUGCUGUCAGUGGUUGUGGUCUUUUUCUGCUGUUGGGUUCCGUACAACGUUGCCUCAUUCUUCAAGGCACUUGAAUUUAUCGAAGUCUACACUGCAUGUCAUUCCAGCAAGGCUAUCCGACUGAGUCUGCAGAUCACAGAAGCUCUCGCUUAUUCUCAUACCUGUUGGAACCCCGUCCUUUACGUUUUCGUGGAGAAGCGGUUCAGAAAGCACCUCCUACACUUCUUCAGUCGGCUGAUGUUACUCUACGUCGUUUCAGUGCACAUUUUAGAUUGUUUAAUCACGGUGUUUGUUCUACUGAGAAUGGCUGUGAGGAACCGGGAGGACAACAGCAGCUUUAGAGAACCACGUCCUUUUGUUCGGAAGGUUGUCCUCAGACUCCUGGGCCUCGCCGCCGAGGAGCUGGUGUGCGUCACACGGAAGGGAUCCCUAUUAGACGUGUAA